AAAAACUAUUUUAAAACCUUAGUUAGUGUCACAGCUGUCACUAAUUCAUAAAAAAGUAUUUAUGAAUGGUAAAAAAAAAGUAGGUGAUAUUGACGCCUUACAAAUGAAUACCUUCGAAGCAUCAGAACAACAUACAAAAAACAAAUUAACAGAAACGAGCGUAUCCACGGAUGGAGAGCAAGAAUCACAAGCUACUAUUAUAAAGCCAAAAAGAACAUAUAGAAAACGCGGUAAAAAUGAUCAAGGUUUUAACAAAGUAUGUGAAGAAAACGAUCAAUCAAUAAAAGUCAGGAGUGGAGGAAUCAAUAAAAGUAAAAAAAAUAAUUCAAUCGUUCUAUUGGAAAAUAACAAUUUACCUGAAAAUGAAAUAGUAGGUGAACGUCGUAAAGAAUUGACAUUAUGGGAUUUGGUUAUGAAGAAAGGCCGGUCUUCAAAAACAUCGAAGGAUAAGCAAGAAAAGACUUGUGAACAAGAUUUGUCCUUGUAUGAUGCAACACAAGACAUUGGUUUGUUUAGUAACGUUAUGUCAAAAGCUUGUACAAAAUCUUUUGAGACACACCCAAUGGAAACGUUGCAGGAUCUUUUCGGUCCCAAUAACCAAUCACUUACGCAAAACGACUAUAUUGAAACCCCGAAAUCAAUAGGAACGUCUAAAAAAAAAGAGUUGCAAGAAUCACUACGUCUUGACGAAGAUGGCAACUUAUUAUUAGAUGAUGCUUUAUUUUUUAACAAAGCAGAUAAUUCCAUGUCCAACUUUCUUAUGGAAGGACGUAUGGUUGUUUCAGAAAAUUAUACGGAAGGACACAGAACACUUCCUUUUUCUGGAGCUUAUAAACGAACGAAAGCAAGCAAAUGGACUACUAGUGACGAGGAAACGUUUUAUAAAGCUUUAGCAACCUUUGGACUUGACCUUAUGAUGGUAGGCACAUGGCUUCCUCAUUUUUCUUCUCGACAAAUUAAAGAUAAAUACCGCACAGAAGAAAAAAAAAAUUUAAAACGAAUCGAAGACGCUUUACAAAAAAGGGACGUUAUUACAGUAAAUAAUUUUGAGAUGUUGCACGGUCAAAUCGACGAACGAACUCAUUUUAAACCGGAGAACGAUUCUGACAAUGCAUACUCUACUGCUAAUUCACAAGAAGCGGACAAUGCGAAAAGUUCACCAGUGACCUGUAAAUCAAGCUUUGACGAUUUAUUUCAAUUAAGUGACACCACGAAAAUGGUGGAGCAUAAUGAAACAGAAUUUUUCGAUGUUUUCGAUUAUUCUUAA